GCUUUAUAUAUAUAUAUAAAACAUAUAUAUACUAUCGAAUUUGAAUGUUCUAUUUCAAUUAUUCAUACAAGUUUAGAUCUACUACCAUGUGAAGUAUGAACCGGAUGUAAAUGUACUUACGAAUGUAAGAGGAGUUUAAGCUAAGAAGACUUGUGAAAAUUAAUAUUUGUAUUACGAAAGUUUACUGAUAUGCAUCAGCAGUUUAUUGAUGCAACUGAAUUAGAGGAAAAAUUUCCAGAUGAGUUUAAAUCUGACAGAGAUUUGAUAAGUUUGGUAAGACAUUUAUCAGACUUAACAGUGCAGAUCAAAAUAACCAAGGAUCAUAACGGAAUACUGAGUGUCGUCAACGGAAGUGGUUUUGCUCAAAGAGUUCGCUCAGAAAGAGGCUCCCACUGCCCGGAUGAAGAAUGCAGCAGACGACAAGAGAGUCACGCUUGGAUGGUUGUCACCGUGACCACGGUGUACCACGUCGUGAAGACGCAGGAGGACGCCGUGAAAGCUGAAAUGACACUGUCACCCAGCUCGAGCACACAAAGUGUCUUCCGAGGUUUCAAACUUUUGGAUUCAGACAAGGAGACGGGAGAGCGUGAUUGGUGCGCUGUGGAGGCUGUGACCCAUGACCUUGACAUUCAGAAUACUCUCAAAUCCACCAUUGAAUCCUUAGAACAACUUCAGAACAUUACAUUCGAAAGAUAUAGAGACAAAGAGCCUCGGCUUGUGGUCGUGGUGGGGCACCCACACGGGGGGCCGAAGAAGAUCUCCUUCGGAUUCUGGGAAGUCAGAACGACCUUAAAAGAGAUACGAAGUAAUCAAGAUUGGUGCCGCUAUGCUCACAACGCGGCGACCUGCCCGGGAAGCAGCGGUUCUCCAGUUUUCAUACUUGGCCAGUCUCUCUGUGGAUUCGGCUACUGGUUUGGCCAUCCUCAUAACCACAGUUCCAGAAGCGAGGAUGGCGCUUGGGCUGUAACAUCUAUAGGUUCAGAACACAAGAAGUGAAAAAAAAAAACAACAACACUGACACUUUACUUAGAGACAUAACCAUAAAAACUAUUUGAAAAUGAAAAAUGAUAUUUUAAUUUUAAACAUCUAGACUCUAAGACAGGGGUUCUCAACCUGUGGAUCGCGACCCCCUUGGGGGUUGAAUGACGAUUUGCCAGGGGUCGGCUAAGACCAUCGAAAAUAUGGAUUGUUUUUGUCUAUUCUUUUAUUGCUGUAUGUGUGUGUGUGGGGAGGGAGGGGGGAUUGUAAAAAGGGGUCGCCGGGCUAAAAAGGUUGAGAACCGCUGCUCUAAGACUUAUUCAGAAACCCUUCCACCCAGUUAUUGUUGUACAUUUCAUCAAUUACAAUAUAUAUCAGUGUGUCCCAAACCACAAGCUGUACACACUACCGCACACAUUCUGAGUAUUAAGCGGAACACUUUGCUUAUUUUUUUUUUAGAGAGAUUAAUUCACGUGGAGGCCUCUUAGUUAAUUAUUCCAGUAGUUUGUGGAACACCUAUUCAGGCCUCGCGGAACACUAGGGUUCCACGGAACACAGUUUGAGAAACACUGUGCUACUGCUUAACAACAUAAACAGUUAUUUAAAGACUAUAAUUCAUAUUUCAUGUAUUUGUAUAUGUAUAGGUAAGUUAGUUAAAGGUACACUUUUUAGAACCUGCAAUCUAUGGGGCAGAUGAUGUAAAGCUAAAUUGUUUCUGAAGCCAACGGCUAACGGGGGUGUCAUGUGGCCAGAAACCACCUUGAC